GACUCUGAUCCAAUCACAGACGUUGUCUUUACAGUCUUACCCACAGCAAAGUCACAUCCGGUCGUAUAAAUGUUGCCACGAGUUAGCCGUGCAAUUUGGAGUGUCCAUUUUGAGCAGCGGCUCGUUAUCCCGGUUUAUUUACUCACGUAUCUCAGAAAACUUCAGACAGAAUGUCGGACGCUGAGAAUCUGCUCAUGGAGACGUCGGAGCAGAACGGAAAUGAGGGAGAGGAGGACCAGAACGGAGCCGAUCAGCAGGAGCUGAUGGGAGGUGACGACAGCCAAGAUGGAACAGAUGGAGGGAAGAUUGAUGCCAGCAAAGGAGAGGAGGAUGCUGGUAAAAUGUUUGUUGGCGGCCUGAGCUGGGACACAAGUAAAAAGGACCUGAAGGAUUACUUCAGUAAGUUCGGCGAGGUGUCUGACUGCACCAUAAAAAUGGACUCCAACACCGGCCGAUCCCGAGGCUUUGGCUUUGUGCUCUUCAAAGACUCGUCCAGCGUGGAUAAGGUUCUGGAGCAGAAAGAUCACCGGCUGGACGGUCGUCAGAUCGACCCAAAGAGAGCCAUGGCCAUGAAGAAGGAGCCCGUCAAGAAGAUCUUCGUCGGGGGGUUGAAUCCAGAAGCAACAGAGGCUUCAAUUAGGGAAUAUUUUGGCACUUUUGGGGAGAUUGAAGCUAUCGAGCUCCCCAUCGACCCAAAGUCAAAGAAGAGGAGGGGUUUCAUCUUCAUCACGUACAAAGAUGAAGCCGGUGUGAAGAAGUGUUUGGAGAAGAAGUACCACACCAUCCAGGGUGGCAGGUGUGAGCUGAAGAUCGCCCAGCCCAAGGAGGUCUACCAGCAGCAGCAGUACGGAGGCGGGCGUGGGGGGGGUUACGGAGGAGGUCGGGGGGGUCGAGGCCGUGGAGGUCCGAGUCAGGGCUGGAACCAGGGCUACGGAAACUACUGGAACCAGGGCUACGGCAGCCAAGGCUACGGCUACGGUGGAUACGGCGGCUACGGAAACUACGACUACUCUGGAUACUACGGAUACGGCCCUGGAUACGACUACACAGACCAGGCAAGUGCCAGCUACGGAAAGACCCCGAGACGGGGGGCACACCAGACCGGCUACAAGCCUUACUGAUGACCACCUGGCAGCAUAAGGACUCGUCUGGUCUGGUGAGACCUGCGGCUGGACGGACACACUGGGCCACUCCAGACCUCUUUUAUGACAGAAGACCAUUUGUACAGAAAACACCUGAAAUGUAACUUUUCCAUGUUGUUUUUGUUUUUUUAGCCUCUGAUUUUUAAGUUUUCCCUUUCUUUGCUCUUGCCCUCCACAUUUCCACAGGAAGUGUCAAUUUUACUGUACUUUUUGGUACCCGUUGAUUCUAAUGUAUUGUAAGGGUUGUAUUUUACAUGUUGGCUGGCUUUACAGGAUGAAAAUCGUGGAGCUGUAAAGGAGCUUUUUUGACAAAUAAAGCAGUUUUCAGUAGUUUUUUUUUUUUUUUUUUUCCCUGAUGCUUACAGGUCUCCGGGGUGGAGGAUGGGAUUAGGUUUAAAGGUCAUCUGAGUUUGUUUUUCUGCCAGAUUAAACGACAUCACCACCAGUGAGCUGAACAUCUGUAGGCCUACAGGUGUGAGGGAUGUGACGUAGCGGGUGUCUCUGUUAAAAUAUUUAAGUACUGCUGAUUUUAAAAUGUCUGUUUUGGAUUUUGCUUUGUUUUGAACAGACCUAAUUUUGCCAGUGUAGUCUCCUUGGCCAGCGUCUCUGGCGUUUAUUAGUAAUAAACAUUCACGUUUGUUAAA